AAAACUGUUCACUUACGUUCAUUCAAGUCAACUGUCCCUCCCCUCUGCGCAGACGCGAGCUACUAAAUGCGUGACACUUGUCGCUGACCGUGGCUAUAUAAAUGCAAACUCCAGCCUUCUUUUGAAGAAGUCCUAAAAGUAAUAACUUCGUAGGCAACAACUGGAAGACAGACGCACCUUGCAAAGUUCAAAAACCAUCCAAGGAUAUAUCAAUUACGCACAGAUUCUCCUCGCCACUUUUUGACAUGAAGCUCAAUUUUCUCGUCACCACCGUGGCUCUGCUCGUUGCCUUUCCACCACCGUAUGAAUGUAGAGCCAUCGAAAGCAGCUCCAACCAGCCAGCAGCGGACCCCGAUGGAGAGCGACAGGCGCCGCCGGUUUUGGCACGCCUAGGGGAGGAGUACUUCAUCCGGCUCGGUAACAGAGACCAGAAUCCUCUCCGAUCCCCAGCCGACAGCUUCCCCGAGACAUCCCAGUAUUCCAAAAGAGCACUGCAGCUCCAGUUAACGCAGCGUCUGUUGGAGGGGAAAGUUGGAAACAUCGGCCGCUUGGAUGGCAAUUACGCGCUCCGGGCGCUCGAUUCAGUGGAGAGGGAGCGCAGGUCGGAGGAGCCGCCGAUUUCCCUGGAUCUGACCUUUCAUCUGCUACGAGAAGUACUGGAGAUGGCCAGAGCCGAACAAAUGGCCCAGCAAGCGCACAGCAACCGCAAAAUGAUGGAAAUAUUCGGGAAGUAACCACGAGCAAACCCAUCAGCCAAAGAUAUUUUUACAUUUUACCACAAACGUGAAUAUUCUGUACCAUAGUGCUGCUUUUCCAUCAUGAUCUAUUUAUACCGGUGACUUAUUUAUUUGUAGAUAUUUCAAUGAAGGCGAAUAGAGUACAGUAGGUGUGUAUGAAGCGCAAAACUGUUAGCACUCUCCAUCAAUGUUAUUGUAUAAGUGAUCAUUCCGAACUGUAGAUGAAGAAAACAAAGACAAUAUUUUCCAGUACUGUAUUAUUUUAUGACAGACCUGAGUUUCAUUGUAACAUACAGUACACUGUCUACGUUUGUUAAUAAACUAAUGAGCAACCAUUGAUUUUUGUUGUGCAAGAGAAUGUCUUAUAUUUAUAUUUUUCAAUAAAACUUUGAAAGUCA